CAUCCACAAGUUUUCUUUCUGUUGACUUCUAAACUUUUUUGUAUAAAAUUGAAAUAGUAGUUUAAUCAUUCUCUAUAAGUGUUUAAACACGAUGUGUAAUACUGACAAGGCAGCUGGGGUUUCAUUCGGAAACGUAGGUAUCUCUUAAAGACAGCAGAUCCGCUGUAAAUCAUUAAGUUUACAACCUAUGUAGCUUUUAAUAAUGAAUUUCAUCUUUCCCAGGUAAAUUUUACUCCAUCGGAACAAGAGGCAAUUCAGAACGCCUUAAAUCAAAAGCUUGGGCCAGAAUAUAUCAGCCAAAGAGCAGGGGCAGGUGGACAGAAAGUAAAUAUCAAUUAAUCUGCUUUUAAUUGUGCUGUGUUGUAAAGAAACAGUCAAUCAAUCAAAGACUUUAUUUAACUUCGAAUUUGUUGAAUGCAAAAUUGCUAAUAUCUCCGCAGCUACAGCUACAAUCUAUGCAUGUGUCUUUCAAACAACCAUCUAUCCGGUAUAGCUACCUAUAAGCUAACAUGUUUAUUAUUUUGUACCGGUAUUAAGCUUGCUUAUGUGGAAGGAUGGAAACUCAUAAAUCUGGCAAAUGAAACAUUUGGCUUCAAUGGAUGGUCGCAUUCAGUAACCCACCAAAAUAUAGGUGAGCAUUUAUACGAAAAUGUUUUAGGUAAUGAUCAGCAGAAUUACUUGUUUGCAAUUCAUACUUUACACCCUUCACAUGAUACCUUAAACAAUUCAAUGGUUUCUUUCUUCUCCCAACCAAGACUUUGUUGAUCAGGUGGCAAACAAGUAUUAUGUCGGAGUGAGUGCUUUUGUAAAAGUUCAGUUAAAGGUAUGACUUAUUUCAAUGCAAAAAUCACUCUUUUUACUAAAAAUCAUUGAGACCUGCCGCAAGAGCUCUCUAUAAGGUUCAAUUCUUGCUGUCUUGUUUAGCAAGAUCUAUAUUAAGACUUUGUCACACAGUCUGACAUUUUUUUUCUCCAAACACAAGAUAUUGUAUGGAGACAAGGAUAGAGAACUUUGCAAAGUUUUGCAAAAUUAUUACUACAACACCUUGGAAUACUGACAUUGAUUCCUUUUUUAUUUAUUUUUUUAAACAUUGUUGUAGGAUGGCGUUUACCAUGAAGAUAUUGGUUAUGGAGUCUCAGAAGGAAUGAAAUCCAAAGCUUUAUCACUUGAAAAGGCAAGAAAAGAGGCAGUUACUGAUGGUCUAAAAAGAGCCCUCAAGUAAGUUUGCUUUAGGCUGUUAGACAAAACACCGACUCCCAGUCCACCCUAAAGUGCACUACCACGUUGAAGUUUAGUGAUUAGGGUUAGAAAACUGAGUGAAUCAGGUUCCAUUUAGGGUCAAUAGGCUGAUUUAGCAACGGGACGAGAACGUCAGUUGACGACAGGAAAGUGCACAGGAAGGGCUAAACACUACUUCCGGUCCUCAAUUUGCCGCUCUGCCAUUGGUCAAGCCUGUAGUUUGAUUUGCGCGCACCGUUGUCAACUGACGUUCCUGUUCUGUUGCUAAAUCAGCCUAUUAUACUGGGAAAACUGACCUGAGACUUGAUUCACUUAGUUUCCUAACCCUAAUAACUAAACUUCAGGAGUGUACUCCAUUUUAGGGUAGUCCAUGGUGGUAGUCCAUGGACUGGGUGUCAGUGUUUUCUCCACCAUGAGACAAAAUGCAGGAUUCACAUAUAGGAGGUCCCUCACACAAGGUUUCAGCUACAAUCGCAUUACUUUGACCGAAAAAAUAUUAAUAUGUGGUAUUUUGGGUACACUGUGAGUGGUCACUUUCAAGUCAGGUGGACGUGUAGGUAAAAUUCUGUCCUCACAUUAAAGAAGAAUUUCCUUUUCUCCCAUGAAUAAUAGAUACCUUUUAGAUUUGAGGAUGAGGGCCAUUAUGGGGACAAGAUUUAACUAAAACGUUUUUCACAGUCCCAAAAAAUAUACACCCUGGAAAGCUUCAUAAUUGUACUUUUUUUCAGUGUGGCUAAAUGUAAUUUAGGUAAAGUUAACCUCGAAGCAAUGCUGAUCAGCAGUUUUUCCAGCUAUACUGAGGGUGGCCCAAUGCCUUUAGCGAGGGUACCUCAUGACUUGUAUACCCAGUUGCUUGCUUGCAGUUCUUUGCAAAGUGUUUUGCAAUAGCUUGCUGUUUCCGUGCCAUUUUGCGCUUUGGUUUUUCCCAUCCCUCCCUCCCGCUUGAGGUAAGGGCCAGGGCCGGGUUGUUCAAAGCCAGGUGAAGAUAACCCAGGGUUAGUUCGAGAUUUGAAUUCAAAUAUGAAAGCUUAAAAAGCAAAUUCAGUUUUAUUUUUUUUGCCUGCAAUAUGAUGAUUGGAUGCUCUAUAAAGAAUAGAGAAAAUUAUCCAGGAAAAUGCUUUUGAACAAAAGAAAAACUUAGAAACCCAGGUUAAAAUUUAACCCUGGGUUAGCACUAAUCGGCCUUCGAACAACUGGGCCCAUGUUAGUAUUGGUCAGGAAGUAUUCCACUGAAUUGUUCAGUGUGAUGGUGCCUGUUAAGGGCCACUCGCAGGCUUGCCAUGGAUACCUCCUCUUCAUGCUAGAGCAUUGUCCAGCUCCACCAACUUUGUAGGCACCAGUGCCCAAGCUAAUGUAUUAGUGAUGAGUUUAAGCAGAAAAAUUAACAUGGUUAUUUUUAUUAAAGGAGGUUAAGCCCUCUCAGGAUUGCAAAAUGAUAAAACUACUAACAUUUGACAACUUGCUUCUGCAACUAAAACACAAAAGGCUAUCAAAUUUUCCUGCCAAAAUGACACUGGUUCAUGCAUGCACACUAUGUAGUAUCAAGAAAAUCUCGCCAUCCUAGUUGUCCUCAUCUUAGAAUGUGAAGGUCAUUAAUAAUCAAGGCUAGGAAGCUAAGGAAAUUCUGAGUCAAAUUACAUGUAGGUUGAAUACUGCUUUAAUGUGAGGAAUGGAUUUUACCUACAGCCGAGACAUAUAUAUAAAAAGGUUGGAUUGUAAAUGAAAUCAUUGUGAUGUACCUUCAUGAGGAAAGGAUACUCCAAGUUAUAAUAAAUUUUAUUUUAAUUUGCCUCGUAGGAGCUUUGGACAGUCACUUGGCAAUUGUAUAAGUGACAAAGAUUACUUAAAAUACAUUACAAAACAACACAAAUCAGUAAGUUUUUAAAACUCAAGCCUACUUUAUACACAAUGUAUCUUGUAUUUUUCCAAUAAGAAUAAUUAAGUGUAGAAUCCCAAUUGGAGAAUGAUGUAAAUCCUUCUUAUAGAAACUUAGAGCAAAAAAAUGGAACUAUCAUCCAAAUGCCCAGUGGGAUAAACAGAAUAUAUCUUAUUGGUCUGAGUACAUUGCUAUAUAUUCUGAUUUUUACAGGAAUCAAAAGGGUGGGACUAUCAAGGGAAAAUGUGAAGAAAACAGUCUUGUUAACAGUAAUAAAUUUUUCUUAAUUCUCUCACACUUUAGUUAAAUGCUGAGUAUGAUUUAAACCACAUGAGGAGGCCUGGUCAAGGUCUGACAACAAAAGUUACCGUCAACCACAUCCAACAAUCUGAGAAGACAAGUGAAACCACAGCAAGUAUAUAUUACGUCUGCUUCUUCAUAUGCUAUACUAUUACUGAACGAUACACAAUGAAAAAUGUGCUGUACUUUAUUAAUACUACUUUAUUUUUCGAUGCUGACUAGUUUAAAAGAAGGACACUCAAGUUCGUGCGAAAAGCAUAGUGAUUAUAAUCAUCACCCUUUACAGUAAAUUUACAAGUCAUAUCAUUAUUCAGACAUUAACUUCAAGAAAAGCUCAUAAAUUAAAAGUCUGGCUAUGACACAAGACAUUAUUGUGUAAGUUAGUCUUACACCAUUGAGACUUAUUGGAAAGUUCUAUUUAUGUUGUCAGCUGUAUUGAAAUUUAUGUUCAGCAAGUACUAAAUCAGCCUUUUGUUAGCAGAUACUAUUCCAAAAAAAAAAUGAAAAUGAAAAAAAGCAACAACCUCAUGUUUCUUUUUCCCUAGAUGAUUGUAACGGCAACACUUGUCAGGCUCAAGUCAUUUCUACUUCCAAAAUCUCUGGAAAAAAUUCUGAUGAACUCACCUCAGAAACUACAAAAUAUGUUACACCAAACACUAAUGCCUUAAAACCUGUGGCAAGAAAAGAAGUUAGAACUCCACUGGAAGAUCUUAAUUCACCAAAGACUGGGCCUCCCCAUCUUCCUCUGAGAAAACCUGUUGCAGCCUCUACCCCUGCAGUACCCCUUGCCAGAAAACAUUGUACCUCUUCAGUGACCACACCCAUAGACUGCAGGUCACUUACAUCAAUGGGUGAUGCUACACCACAACAGGACAAUUACAGCGUCAUUCCAGAAGGUGACCUAUCACAUUGUCAUACUGUUUAACAAUGCAAGAAACUCAAGUGGAACCACCAACUUUUUGAAAUUCAAACAGAUCUUGCUUUUUUUGAUUGGCUAAUCAAUAAAUUAUUCAAGUCUGCUAGCUUCGUUGUCAACAUGACCUGUUAUUGGCCAAUUUUAUCAUUCUCAAUUUUAUUAUUAGAGCAGCAUGCAAAGAACGUCAUGUCUUGAGAGCUCAGAACUGGUGGAUUUUGCUAUUGGGCUAGUCAAUGCUGUUCUUAACUUGCCCAAUAAACAAGUGAAGUUUUCAGCAGAAUUCAAAUUACAGUAGAAAAACUGUAAUCACUUCUACUCAUCCCGUAAAACUGACUUUCUCUGCACCCUGUGGAGUUACAAUUUAUUUUUGCUAUUUUUGUAAAGUUCAACCCCUGGUUGUUACAUAUCUUUCUAUGCUUGAAGAAAAGAAUAACCACAAAUAUUUGUCUCAAUAGAUGAUCCAAUGCUAUGGAAUCAGUCAUUCGGAUUUGAAGAGGCUCUCAUAUGUUGCAGUGAUGAAUUCUUAAUGAGACCAGAGGAAAGUAACCUGGAAAACCAUCCUCUUGAGGAGAAUGAUGUAAAACUGACUGGGUAUGUAUAAUCAUAAUAGUUAAAUAAAAUAAAAUACUUUUGUUCUUCUUUACGAAAAUGUGUAGGGUACUUUGAACAGUUUACAUCACUCAUUUUGUCGUGCAUAGUAAAGAUUUUGUCUCGUGGAAAAGUUGUCAUGUUCAAGAAGAAUCCAUCCCUCAAUUUCUUUUCUGGAGUAAAAAGGGUAAUUCCCUAGUAAAAGAACCUAACAUAGAUUGUAGAUGAAACUUGGUACACUGAUGUAACAAGUCAAGAAGAUGAUAAAAAAGUAACAAAAAGUGGGGGUCACCGUGCUCGUUUUGACGUCACAAUGCUGACAAAUACGGCUAUGUUGGACCCUUUGACAAAAACCGCGCGCAGCCCAAAACUAAUCAAAAAGGAGAGAUUUUUUCAAUGAUGCAUGUGGUAUCGCACAGAAUUUGACUUGAAUGCAUUGUUUAUCCACUUACGUACCAGAAAAAUGCCUUUUAGUGCCCUUGUUUUUACUUUACGCUCCAAAGUAGGAUUAAAUUGGACACGCUCUAUUCGACCCGUGAUAGCUCAAUCCAUACAAUUUAGUAAAAUUGCCAAAAAACUGAACAUAGAUUUGUGCCAGUUUUUUUGUCAUCGAAAGGAAGCACUGUCCUUAUUAAAAUCAUGAAAUAAAAGAUGGGGGUCACCGUACUCGUUUUUGCGGUAGAGCUGCAGAAAGUGCACACCAAAUGCAUUUUCUCCGAUUUUUGAGAGAGGACUGGGGCGAGUUUCAAAAUAGAAUGUAUGUGAAAGGGGGAAGAAAGUAUUAAAAAAUCCGUUUUUACAUAAUUUACAUCGAGAUAUCACAUUUAGGGCACAAUGUGAUAAAGAAAGCGUUUAAAUGGAAAUCAAAGUGAGUAAGCACAAUUUAAACAUCCACUAUCAGGUUCUCCGUGAGGAUGUCGAACUCAGCAACACGCGUACUGCUUACAUUAUGCACAUUCCCAACACAUUGAGUCUCACUUCGGAAGGAAACAACCGCUAGCAAAAAUUGCGAUAACGUUUCUCUUCAGUCAACUUCAUUUUAAUAAUGUUACUUCACAUGCUCUUUUUUUGGACCGAAAAUUCCGGAAAUUUUGGUCGAAUGGAUCGCGCCCACGGUGACAUUCCCUUGAAUAAUAAGUUCGCUUUUCAAUUUUAUCAGUUGACGUUAAUCCUUUCCUGGACGACACACCUUUUACCCUGGGUACCAGAGGUUUUUUCUCGCGUGCGACGAGGAGCUUUCGCCGGGUGUCGGCCGCAGGCCGACACGCCUUCGGCCGAAAACGAGCGGCGAAGCCUUCAGAAAAAACUUUCGGGUCACUUAUAAGACUUGACCGAAACAGGAAACCGCGCAUGAAAAGUCUCUGGUACCCAGGGUACACACCUUUUGGCUUUCCCGUUUUCUUCUGAGUAUAAAAACCACGUUUUGAGAUUUCAGUGAACUCUGUGACUUGCUGGUUUAUAAAAAGGUUGAGUUUGAUCGUCCGGGUGAACUGGUUUAUAGUUGAAAUUUUCAAAAAUCAAUUGACAUCUCCCCUUUAAAAUUGGCCGUUGGUCGAUGAGCAUUGUAGAUAUUUCCCACUGUUAAUACAGUUUUAAUUAUUUCUUAUUCUAGCAUCGAUAACAGAAGCAGUCAUCGUGUAUCGGCCCCAAUUAACUCCGCACAUUCAAGUAACAACACCAGCAACUACAGAAGCAUUGAUAAGCAAUCCUCCUUCUCCAAGCCUUUUCAUCCUGUUUCAAACAAAACCGUCUACUCUGCUCUCACAAAUCAACCAGGUAAGCCGGAUUUCAGUUCGGUCCCAGGAUCUCAAGUGAGAGAGAAUAUGAAACAAACGCGAUGUGUUGCGUAAAAAAAAAGACCCUAUCCAUGGUUUUGCAACAAACACUUGCGUCACCACUUGCCACGCGUUACUACGCUUGUGAUUGGUUAAUUUCCCGCUCAAAAAGCACGGGGAAAAUGGUGAGCACGCACGUCCGACUUUCUUUUGGUGCUAGGAAAGGGCAUGACUUGUUUCUGAAGUACUCGAAAUGAUUAAAGGGUUCCUUGGCCAGAUACCGUAAAGUUAGCCUGAAUUUCAACUGAUUACUUCGAGUCGUUAUUAUCUCCCUCCCUGACGCCAAUUUCAUGUUGUCAUUCGACCUUGUUGCUUUUACAGUCAAGUGUAAUGAUUCUGUUAGCUUUUCUUUCUUGUUUCCUUGUUUUCUUUUUUCUCCGUUAAGGACCAAAUAGCUUCUUUUCAAUUAAAGGAAAUUGUUGUGUUUUUGAACUAAGUGUUCCGUGUGUGUUUUGUAUUUCAUUGCGUGAUUGUGACCGAGUCUGAAUUACAACCAGUUCCAAGUACUGCAUGCAGUUGAUAGUUUGGGGAACGUUUUAACAACCUGAAUUACCAUCGAAAAGAGCAAAGUAAUUCUGUCAGCUGUUCUGUGUCAUGUAGACAUUUCCAAACGAUAUUUCUUGGUUUGCCACUUGAAAAUCGUGUUUUACUUUUUACGUGAAUUAAAGCAAAGGAGUAGUGACGUCACUGGACGGCAUUAACGGCCGGUCGAUUCAGACGUUUACUGAGGGAGUAAUAACGACUCGAAGUAAUCGGAUGAAAUUCAGGCUAAUGAGGUCCUUCAAAAAUCCUCAAAAAAUGAUUGCAAUUUUUCUUAUGAACCCUGAUACAGAGUUAUAAACGGGCUAAUCUCAAUUAUAAAGCCUCAUGUCAUUUAUAAAGCCUUAAUUAUUAGGCUGACUGUAAGUAUCACUGAAGUUUUUUAUGGUACAGUGACGAAACUGUAAGGCUGUUCACAGUCCCCUACUUUUCCGUAAGAUCAUCGAGAAGUCUUAGCGUUACGGGCGGCCAUCUUGGAUGAGUUUCACAUCAACUGCCCCUUCGGUACAUAUGAAACCAAGAUGGCCGCCCGUAACGGUAAGCGCUCGAUACUGACGAUCUUACGAAAAAAUAGGGGACUCUGAAAAGUCUACGAAACUGCAGUUUAUGUGAAAGUUUUAAGGUACGUGUAGUAUUAAAUCAGCGAUAGUAAGGCCAGCUUUGCUGUGAAAUAUUGCGAAGCACAGUCUAAAAGCUGCCUUUCGCAAUGCAAUGACUGAUUUCAUCUUCCCUUUCUUUCCACAGAAAACGCGAAACGAAGAAAAGUGGAGCAAAUCGCUCCCAGAUGA